CUCGACAGACAUCAAUAUAUUUGUCUUAAAGAGAAGUGUUACGGUAUAGUUUUUGGUCGUUUUUGACCAGGAAUACGAUCGAUUCCAUCAAAUCAACUUCCGGUUCAAGAUGCAGAUGUGCCUCGUCAUCAUUUCCGUUGCGAGUUUGAGCAUCAGCGCUCAACCGAUCAAGGAUGAGUUGAUGUUUGAAGGUCCCGGCGAUACAGCUACUGUAGAAAGCACGGUGAGGGAAGCUAGGGCGGCUCCAGGACAUAUAUCUGAUUUGAUUAAACCAGGUGUAAAAGACGCUUUUCUCUAUGUCUAUGGCGACGCGGAAAACGACGAUGGAGACGUGCACGGUUACUCGAAAAAAACGAACGAUAAAGGACAAGAUGGCUACAAACAUUUCGACAGUUUUCAUAAAAAAGACGGCGACAAGUAUGGCUACGAGAAACAUACAGAGUUCGGCCAAGACAACCGCGCUUUCAUAGAGAAUGAGAACGAUAAGGCCAUCAAGGAAUCUGACGCCGAAUCCGGUGGUGAUGAUGAUAAGGAAGACGAUGGAGAAGAAACCAAGAAAUCCUAUACAGUUUUUACUGAGUUAGAUUCGGAAGACAAGAAACAACCAAAAAGAAAGGCCGAAUCUGAAUACGAUUUCUUCGGUGGUGGCGGAUCAGGAACAGUUUUCUACGAAGGUGAAUCGUCAUCGGAUAAAGCUGAGGGAGCUGAAAGCAAUGAAGCAGCGGAAGAUGACGAAGGUUCGGCCGAAACAGAAGAAGGUGAGGAAGCUGAGGAAGAAGAAGAAGAAUCUGAAUAUUAAAAACGUUAAAGUAGAUUAAGAGUUUCAAAUGUCUCAAAUUUUCCUCUAAAUUCUUCACAUCUCAUAUAAUCUUUCUCUCUUUCUUUUUAUCUACUUUGUACCUACAUAACUCUUGUAACUAGUCUAAACUGUGCUUUUUAUGUGUAUCUUUAUUAUUCUUGUCAUC